UAUGUUUCAAAAUUGUCUUUUUCCUGCUUUUCCUCAUCACUGCGCUGCGGGAGAAUCACUUUUUUCUUUUUCUUCUCUUUGUACCUCUAGACCUGCGCUACGCGUUUCUGUCCUUUCCCACAGAUUCUCCACGCGUUCGUCGACUCCACACAAACACCAAACCACAUGUGCCUCUCUCUCUCUCUCUCUGUUUACAUACAUGACUGUAACUGAUCGAAUUAUACAGGCUAGACAGUCUAUAGAUACUAUUGAUUUCAUCAAUGGGGACGUUUCCCAAGCACGAACGCCGCUGGGCCUCCGACACUGUCCCCGGAGCAUCCGUCUUGAGCUCUGGGACGUCCCCCGGCAGCGAAUCUAACUCCGCUGAGGAGUUCGUUGAGGUCACUCUCGAUCUCCAAGACGAUGACACUAUCGUCCUCCGCAGCGUCGAGCCGGCUACCGUCAUCAAUAUUGCCGACGACGGAGUCGACACUUCGUCAACCGCCUCCGCCACAGUGUCGGCUUCGGUUUCGAGGUCAUCAACCAUCAGGCGGAGCUUUUCAAACAGCCGGUUGAGGCAGUUUUCGCAGGAGCUCAAGGCGGAGGCCGUAGCCAAGGCCAAGCAGUUAUCACAGGAGUUGCGAGCAGAGCUCAGACGCUUCUCCUGGAGCCACGGCCACGGGGCUAGGGCUUUCCCGGCUACUACAUCGCCGGCGACGGCUCGGAAUGGAGGUGGAUUUGACUCGGCUCUGGCAGCUCGAGCGUUGAGGAAGCAACGUGCUCGGCUUGAUCGGACUCGGUCCGGCGCUGAGAAAGCGCUUCGUGGCUUACGAUUCAUCAGCAACAAGAAGAACAACGGCGUCGAUGCAUGGAAUGAAGUGCAAAACAAUUUCGAUAAGCUUGCCAAAGACGGUUAUCUCCACCGCUCCGAUUUCGCUAAAUGCAUAGGAAUGAGAGAUUCGAAAGAGUUCGCGCUGGAACUGUUCGAUGCUUUGAGCAGAAGAAGGAGAAUGAAAGUUGAAAAGAUUAGCAGAGAGGAGCUUUACGAGUAUUGGUCGCAAAUCACCGAUCAAAGCUUUGAUUCUCGCCUACAGAUCUUCUUUGACAUGGUGGACAAAAAUGAAGAUGGUAGAAUCACGGAAGAGGAAGUCAAAGAGAUCAUCAUGCUAAGUGCAUCCGCGAACAAAUUGUCAAGACUAAAAGAACAGGCAGAGGAAUAUGCAGCAUUGAUAAUGGAAGAGUUAGACCCUGAAAGACUUGGCUACAUCGAGCUGUGGCAACUCGAGACACUGCUUCUACAAAAGGACACGUACCUAAAUUACAGUCAAGGACUUAGCUACACGAGUCAAGCAUUGAGCCAGAACCUACAGGGACUAAAGAAGAGAAGCCGCAUACAGAGACUAAGCAAACAGUUUCUGUAUUAUGUGCAAGAUAAUUGGAGAAGAAUUUGGGUGUUGUCGCUUUGGGUGAUGACCAUGAUAGGAUUAUUUGCAUGGAAAUUUUUUCAGUACAAGCAAAAAAGUGCUUUUAAGGUGAUGGGUUAUUGUCUUCCUACAGCCAAGGGUGCAGCCGAGACACUCAAAUUCAACAUGGCUCUUGUCCUCUUGCCUGUUUGUAGAAACACCAUUACCUGGCUCAGGUCUACCAAAUUCAGCUUCUUUCUCCCUUUUGACGACAACAUCAACUUUCAUAAGACGAUUGCAGCAGCAAUUGUAAUUGGUGUGAUUCUUCAUGCUGGAGACCAUCUCGCAUGCGAUUUCCCCAGGCUUAUAAAUGCUUCUUCUGAUAACUAUAACUACUAUUUGAGUGGAAAUUUUGGUACCCAAAAACCCACAUACUUAGACCUUGUUAAAGGUCCAGAGGGAGUUACAGGAAUUUUAAUGGUGAUCUGCAUGGCUAUUGCAUUCACAUUAGCAACAAGGCGGUUCAGACGAAACCAGAUUAAGCUUCCAAAGCCCUUUGACAGGUUUACUGGCUUCAAUGCCUUCUGGUAUUCACACCACCUCUUUGUCAUCGUCUACAUCUUGCUUAUCGUCCAUGGUGUUUGCCUUUAUCUCGUCCACAAGUGGUACCUUCAGACGACAUGGAUGUAUCUUGCUAUCCCAGUUUUAUUAUAUGCUGGAGAAAGAACUCUUAGAUUCUUCCGCUCUGGCUCCUACACUGUCCGACUUUUGAAGGUUGCCAUUUACCCUGGAAAUGUUCUCACAUUACAAAUGUCCAAGCCUUCUCAGUUUCGGUACAAGAGUGGACAGUAUAUGUUUGUUCAGUGCCCUGCUGUUUCUCCAUUUGAGUGGCAUCCAUUUUCUAUUACCUCUGCUCCGGACGAUGACUACCUGAGCGUUCACAUUAGGCAACUAGGUGACUGGACACAAGAGCUUAAAAGGCUAUUCUCUGAGGUGUGCGAACCUCCUGUAGCCGGAAAGAGUGGACUUCUGAGGGCUGAUGAAACAACAAAGAAAAGUUUGCCAAAGCUCUUAAUAGAUGGGCCUUAUGGUGCCCCAGCACAAGAUUAUAAGAAGUAUGAUGUUCUGUUACUUGUUGGUCUUGGAAUUGGAGCAACACCCUUUAUCAGCAUCUUAAAAGAUCUGCUCAACAACAUUGUUAAAAUGGAAGAGCAAGCGGAUUCAAAUUCAGAUUUAAGUAGGACAUCGGACCUGAGUGCGGGUAGUAAUGAUUCCAGCAAUUCCAGGAGAGUAUGUCCGAAAAGGAAAAAAUUUGUGAAGACCACUAAUGCUUAUUUCUACUGGGUAACAAGAGAACAAGGUUCUUUUGAUUGGUUCAAAGGCGUGAUGAAUGAAGUUGCUGAUUUUGAUCAAAGGGGUGUGAUUGAAAUGCAUAACUACUUGACCAGUGUGUAUGAGGAAGGGGAUGCCCGAUCAGCGCUCAUUACCAUGGUUCAAGCACUAAAUCAUGCCAAGAAUGGGGUUGACGUUGUUUCUGGCACUAGGGUACGGACCCAUUUUGCAAGGCCCAAUUGGAAAAAAGUUCUCUCUAAAAUAAGUUCAAAACAUUCUGGCGCAAGAAUAGGAGUCUUUUAUUGUGGUGCACCAGUGUUGGCUAAAGAACUGAGCAAACUCUGUUAUGAGUUUAAUCAAAAAGGUUCUACAAAGUUUGAAUUUCACAAAGAGUAUUUCUAAUACAAUUCUCCCCACUUCCCCCAAACAAGGAAAA